GUGGUCAGUGAAGUCGGCUGAAAGAGAACUGAAGUCGGCUGAGGUACUUAACUUGUUCAAACCGCGAAAUUCACGCCUGACGGGCUGACUCAGCAUAACUUAUUUAGAAUGCUGAUAGACUUUUUAGUCGCUACGGCUGUUUUAGUGGCCCUGGGAAAUUGUAAUCCUUGUGCCAACAAAGAUGACAUUAAGCUGUACGACAAGAAUAAUCCAUCUAACCUAGUUUGCUGGCCGUUUCCAAAGUGCAAUGAUGGACAGGAAGCAUCUGUAAAACCAGGGUCAUUGCACCCUCAGGGGACAAAAAUCGAAUGUAUGGAUUGCCUUGAAGAUUACUUCUCAAACAAUCACACCAAUAAAAGAUGUCGCAGGUGUACAUCAUGUGGCGACAACAAAGAACUUUCACCUUGUGAACGCUCCAGAGACCGACAGUGCUCUCAUAGUUGCAUUUCAAGUGAAUUUUACUUUAAUGUCACAGAUCAGCAGUGUUAUCCAUGCACUGAAUGCUGUGGAGCCAGUGAUGAGGACAUUGAACACCAAUGCGUAUCCAUGAGAAGAGGCACAGUCAUUGGAGGAAAUGGGGAGAAGCAUUGCAAGGCAUCUUUUAAAUCAUCACAGCAAUGCAGCAAUGAAUUGCCACUAAAGAAAAAUGUUUCAUCUCCUGCCUGUGGUAACAGCUCAAUAACAAGCAAUUCUAGUUUUGAGACAAGGGAGUGCAGUUGUGGUAACAGCUCUUUACCAAGCAAGCUUAAUUUGGAGGAGAAGGUCUGCAGAUGGUCAAUUGACAGUCUCCAUAUUGCACUGAUCUGUGUCCUGGGUCUACUAGUGCUUGUGAUAGCUUUUUGGGUGAGUUGCCGCUGGUAUACUUCUAGAAAUACCAGUAUGCAGCCAUCAAGGAGAAGAUAUGCGAUGCCACGUUGUGUACAUGUACCAACUUGUGCAGGUCAAUUGUGUGAUGUAGAGAUGGCUUCUCUUAUACCCUGCAAAGAUAAACUUAGGCUCAUCCCAGAGGAAAUGAAAAUUAAUAACACCUUGCCUUAUGAUGUUGAAGAGAUUCUCAUUCAAAAGUUAGAUGUAAAUCGACGUUGUGUAAAAAACUGGUGGGAUGUUGGUCGCAAGCUUGAAAUGUCUGAUUCAGAGCUGCGAAAUGUGAAGCUGGAAGAAAACCGAGAAGGUGGAAGUCCGACCAGAUGUUUACUUGGAAUUUUAAACACAUGGGAGAACAUCAUUUCUCUUAGAAAGUUUAUAGAGAUUACACAUGAGUUAAAACGGCACGACAUUUGCAGUGCCAUUUACGAAUUUUACCAAAGUCAAGACACUGCAGUUACGGCACUAUCUAUCACAGGAUAGAUAGUGAGUAGCGUAGCCAAUCAGAGAACGACAUUCGUGAUAGAACGCUAGUAGAUUUAUACUAAUGCAUCAUAUUACAUACAUGUAACUUUUUGCGCCAGCGGGACAGCUUCUUAAACGAGGCUGUGUGGCGUGAAAGGUAUUUUACAUGAACGCCAAUUUAUUUGAAAGCAGCAUGUCUUCCUUUUGGAAUUGUUCGACGUAGCGGACGUUUUGAUAAAAUCACUCUGAUUCGGAAAAAAUGAAUAUUGCUGGACGAUUUCUGUGCUGGUUCAUGGUCACUGGGAUUAGUGUUGCUUCCUUCAAAUAGAGUGCCCAUAAUGAUGGAAAUUACGUUCAAUUUGCUUCCAGCUCAAGGAGGGACCAUGAGUCACAUGCCAAAACAAGCAAGGAGCAAAAAAGUGACUGUAAAACAGUCUUCCCCUUGUUUCCUCUUCAAUAUCGAUAAGUGGUGCACAAACAGGCUGGCUUGUUAAGGACACUGGCACAUCUCCUCAGUCUUGCAUGUAAUUACCAGCUUGGCGAACUUGUGCUAAAAUACAGAUUGUUUUUAGUAGGAAAAAAAAAACACAAACAAAAAAAAUAUAUAUAAAAUUAAGUUUCAAAAGUAAAAAAAAAAAAAAAAUUUAAACGAGAAAAAGAAAAAGAAAAAUUGUAACUAGUGAGGGAGAAAAUCUUGGUGUUGCUUAAGUACUGUAAGUGGUUAGUGAAAGCUUGGUUUAACAUAGAAUCCAAAAGAAAAACUCUCCCCCCAAACAAACAAACAAAAAACCUCCACAUAUUCAGCUUUACCUGUGGAGUUGGCGGGAUACCCUGGUAUGUUUAUUAGGUUUGGCAUGUUUCUAACGAGUUGGAGGUAUGAAUCAUCUCCAGUGUAGGAUGUGUGCAUUUUUGGAGUCAAACUGUCCAUUGGAUUGAUUAAUAUAGACUUGACCAGUGUGGAAUAGAUUCACAGUCCAUCACUUCAUAAAGCUAAGACUAAAAAAAAGCCUCAUGCUUGUCAUAAAUUGUACUAUAGUUACGCUUUCUAUCAGACUUCUUACUUGUUUUGUUGUAACUACGGCUCGUGUAAAUGUUAUUAGGGGUGGACCAUUAUAUUUUUGAGGGCAGGGGGUGGCUAACUACCAAGAAAAAUUCCUGCGCAAACUAAAGUGACAAAAAAAAAUUGUGCGAAGAGAACCAAGAAAAAGAAGCAUGGAACAAAUGGAAGAAAAUCCUGCGAUACCUGACGCAGAAAUAUAUAUAUACAUUGCUCAGAAAAAUUGCCCACCCGAUAUAGUGGUCCAUCCCUUAUAGAGCAUAAGAAAGCAACUUGCAUUGUAUCAGUAUUGAGUGUAUCUCAUAUUGGGAGUAAUAAUGUUUGCACCGUGUGCCGAAUUUUGGUUAAAAUAGAACACAACACCAGCUCGAAAUAAAGUGAACCGGUUGUUGGAAUUGCUUAUCUUGGUUCCACCCUGGGCCCCUUUGUUCAACAGGUUCAAUUUACGGUUUCAAAAAACUGCUGUCGCAAACUAAGGCUACAAUAAUAUUUUGGACAAAACUUAUUCCUGCAAACCUAGCUUACGCGCUUUAAACUCGAAGAAAAAUUUAGCUGUCAAAAAUGAAAAUGUAGAAGCAUUCACAUUUGUACCCAGGCAACAUUGAUUACAGAGGAGGAAGAGGAAAAUAAUCCGAAAGAGUGUGUCGACUGUUCGUCCAAGAUUACAGCAUUGGAGUAUAGGAGCGAAGACACGGAGGACGUCAAAGUGGAUACUUUGUUAGGGGAAAACUUAGUGUAUAUCAUUCAAUGACAGGAAGAGAUGCGAUCUUGCAAUUCGAUCAAUGUCAUUGUUAAAAGAUAGACUCCCGCAUGUGAUGCACCUGUGUUGUAAAACAAGAUGUCUUAAAGACACUGAUAAACUAUUAAUAGCUAGUAACAAAGAAACCUAGAUUCUAUGGUUUUAAAACAAAUGUAAUUAGGUUGGGCAUCUCAUUACAGGCCGUAUUUCGAGCAGGUGAAGGUAUGAAAGUUCGAUACCUAUCUUACAAAUGGACCGAUCUGGAUAAAACCUACACAGGUAGCAUGCAAAAGGCCAGCUAAAUAGCUCCAACACGAACAAAGAUUUUAGCUUUUCUAGAUCUGGAAGGCUUUUAAUUAUGUAAUGAGAUUUUAAGCCUGCAGUUAAUUUUCAGUGUAGUAGGUUCUUAUAAGCGUCGGUUGGUAUAUUUCUUUUGGAGUCGUCCGUAGUCGCUGACAGUUUAAAGAAGGCUCUCGUGCAAUACUGCUCUCGGCGACGCUUCCUCGCGUUUGGCCUGGGCGUAGGAGGGAGAGAGGAAGAGAACUUUAUGUAACGAAAAUAGGGAACUUUUGUAACCCGCGUAUUAUCGCACCAUAGGUUAUAUGUAGAAUGAGUAAAAUACAGUAUAUGUCGUUUUGGGCUCGACACUAGCUGAUAUAUAGCGAGCUGCGUAGACUUUGAUUAUGACCCACAUAUCGGGAUAUAUAGGAUUGAUUCCGAAUAGCGUAGACGAUAUUUGCGAGUUCUAGGGACUUGAAACUAAGUUGCAAGAACCUUGAUCUUAAGUUAAAUAGACAGGCUAAAGAUUAUCGUACGCGUUGGUCAUGUGCAUAGUGAAUAAAACAUAGGCCGUUUUAGUCUUUGAGGAGUUUGACACCAGCUGACACAGACCGAGCUGAGCAGAGUUUGAUUUUGACCUUUAUAGGGUGAUUCUGAAUAGCGUAGACGGUAUUUUCGAGUUCUAAGGACUUGAAACUAAAUUGUAAAAACCUUGUUCUUAAGUUAAAUAGACAGGCUAAAGAUUAUCGCACGAGUAAAAUGUGGGUUGUUUUAGCCUCAGAGGGGCUCGACACCAGCUGAUACCGAGCUGCGCAAACUUUGAUUUUGACCUACAUAGGCUUGAUUCGAAAUAACCUAGACCAUAAUUUCGAUUUCUAAGGACUUGAAACUUAACUGCAUGGACCCUGUCCUUAACGUAAAUCGACAGGGCAACGAAUAUCGCUCGCGUUUGUUAAGUGCAUAGUGAGUCAAACAUAGGUCGUUUUAGACUUAGAGGGACUCGACAUUAGCGGACACCGACCUGCCCAAACUUUAAUUUUGAGCUAAAUAGGCUGGAUGUCGAAAAGUGUAAACGAUAUUUUCGAGUUCUAGGGACUUGAAACUAAAUUGCAAAGACCUUUUCUGUAACUUAAAUGGACAGGCUAAAGAUUAUUGCACGCGCUGGUUAUGAGUAUAGUCAAUAACGUAUUGGUCGUUUUGGACUUAGAGGGGCCCGACACUAGCUGACACCGAGUUGCGGAGACUUUGAUUUUGACCAACACAGGAUUGAUUCAGAGUGGCGUAGACGUCGAUAUUUUCGAGUUCAAGGGACUUUAAAAACUCUUUAAAAAAACUCAGACAAAACCACUUUAAUUGGUAAUGUGUAUUCGUCCCACUGAUGUAAACUGCAAGUGUUCGAUCGGUUAAGUUACUGCACAUCAGAAAUAAGUUCAUGCUUAUAGGCCAAUAAAUAAAUUGGCCACUGAUUACGGCUUCCAAAUGAAUAAGCUGAUUUAUAAGCUCAGCUUUAUUCCGAAAUGCACACAAAGAAAAUCAACUAGAUAUAAGUUCUUAAAUUCAGUGUGCGUUUGUCGUACUGAGAGUCAUGAUCACUCAGGAGGAAGAGGGCGUGGUGAGGGAAAUUGAGUGGUACGAAGUGUGUGAAUAAGAGAGGGAGUGGGUGGGGUGUAAGAGGGGGGGUGGUCCUUUUGACCAGGGGAACUUGAAGUGCGUCAAUAAUGGUGGAUUCUCUCUAGUCAGUCAAAACUAACUUGUAUUUAUUUUAGUACAAGCCCACUAUAUUGACCUUAUUAUAAAUAUAAAGCCUCUAAAAAAUAAGAUAAUUCUGUAGUUUUUAUCGGGUUGUAAUGCUAACCGCACACAUCAAUUAAGAAUCGAAGUUCUUAAGUAAAAAUAGAU